AUGCGAGGAUUAUACUGUGGAGGAUUACUUAAGAAGAGAGGCCACUUGAACAGAAAGGCAGACAGCAAGUACAAAGCAAGAUUAUUCGGAACAAACAUUCUGAGUGACCCAAUCGGUGGGGCACCUCAGGCAAAGGGAAUUGUCUUGGAGAAGAUUGGUCUUGGAGCAAAGCAGCCUAACUCUGCCGUAAGAAAGGCCGUCCGUAUCCAGCUCAUCAAGAACGGAAAGAAGAUCACUGCAUAUGUCCCAAAGGACGGUAUGCUUAACAGCAUAGAGAUCAACGAUACCGUGACAGUAGAGGGAUUCGGUAACAAGGGAAGAUCCAAGGGAGAUAUUCCGGGAAUCUCCUUCAAAGUCAGCAAGAUUGGAGAUGUGUCUUUACUCGCAAUCUACCUAGGAAAGAAGGAAAAGUCUUCAAGAUAA